AUGUCGGGAUUACAGAAUUGCAUUCUCCUCUUGAUGGCCUCCAGCUUAUUGCUGGUCGUCUACGUGUCGGCCAACAAGCAACAGCAGCAGCGCCAGCAGAACCAAGAAAUCUGGGAACAAGACCUUUCGGACACCUUUAAGAUUGAGGGCAGUGACCAGGGUAUUCAAAAGGUGAACCUUAAGUGUGGCGCCGACUCAAUGAAUGUAGUGCUGGAGACGGAGAAACCCUUCACGGGCGUGAUGUACACGCGUGGCAGCUUCUACAAACAGACGCCGCCGUGCUUCAUGAAGCCCACUGCCAGCCAGGGAGCUCGCUCCUUGGAGAUGAACUUCCAGCUGGAUCAGUGCCAGACGCUGCGUGAGGGAGACCUCUACACCAACAUCGUGGUGAUCCAGAAUGAUCCAGAGCUUAUUACGCCCGGGGACUCGGCCUUCUCGCUGGAGUGCGACUUCCGGCAGCCGCGCAGCCUGGAUGUGGAGGCCAGUAUGCAGACCAGGGACAGAGUGGCCACUGGCUCCAAAAUCACACUCACUAGUCCCGAUCCCGCGGCUCCCACGGAACAUCUACACAACUCGGUGGUUAGCAACAGCGACACGGUAGAGUACAUACCAAAGUUCAGCAGGCCAAAUAGAACCAUACACCUGGGCUCCGUCGAGGAGGUGGAACUGCCCUCCUCCGGACAUUCCCGCGACGAGCUCUAGGGACACCUCACUGCACUCUGCACGACACAAACACGACCAAAACACAAUCACAACACUUGAAAAACACUUCAGAGUACAGGAAAGUCGCUCAGAAUGCAACGGAAGCA